CGAAGAGCUAGACCCAAGUGCUAACGUUAAUGCUAUCUAAUGUCAGCUGGUUUAAGUUGGCUAAUUUAUGUUGUCGUCAACAGUAACUAUAUUAAACUUAAACAACUGAAUUUAUUAAGUAACAUUAGAUAUGUCGAACGUGGUCGCUUUAAACGUAAACAUGGUUUGGUUGGAAUUUGUUAGCCACUAGCUUCAGUCGAGUUCAACGCUUAAACGUUAAUCUUACAAGGCCUUUGAUUUCAGUGCCUAGCUAACUAUUAACUUACACCACUGAGACCACGGUGAAAAGUCACAAGAAGAAUACAGGAUAACAACCGCGUCUGUAGCCUUACACCCCACUCUUGUAUAACUAGCUAACGUCAUGGGUCAUGCUAUCAGGUUUACAAAUAAAGCUGGCGGUAACGUUAGUCCUUGCUGGCGGUAACGUUAGUCCCGCUACCAACUCAUGUUGCAUGUUUUGAGGAAGUUCAUCGUAGUCUAUUGUUGUUAACGCACACCACACCAGCAUGAUUGUUCUCCAUGAUUGACAUGAAGCCUCCAAUAUCCCGUGCUAAAAUGAUGUCUGUAACAAAGUCAGCCAUCAAAGCUAUCAAGCUUUACAAACAUGUUGUCCAGAUAGUUGAAAAGUUCAUCAAGAAGUGCAAGCCAGAAUUAAAAGUCCCUGGUUUGUAUGUGGUUGAUUCCAUCGUUCGACAAUCACGCCAUCAGUUUGGUGUUGACAAGGAUGUAUUUGGGCCUAGAUUCUUGAAGAACUUCACAGAUACCUUCCAAAAUCUUUAUCGCUGCCCAGAGGAUGAUAAGAGCAAAAUUGUCCGUGUCCUGAACCUCUGGCAGAAGAAUGGUGUGUUCGACAUGGACAUCAUUCAGCCUCUGAUGGAUAUGGCAAAUGGAGCCAUUGUACCUCCACCUGCAUUGGAAGUUCCUGCUGACCCCCAACCACAGAUACAGCCUCCUAUCACAAGUGCCUCAACUGUGACUGCUGUGCCCCAGCUACCCACUCCUGAUGCCUUAGCUGCUGUGGCACAGCUGUUUCAGUCCCCCCAUGGUCAGGAGCUACAGAGGAUGCUCCAAAACUUCCAGCAGACAGAUAAGACCCUGGCAACAACAAUCGCAAACGACAUACCACACCCUCCCCAGAUGCCUGUGGCCCAGCUCAAACCGUACAGUGCACACACAGAAAAGAAAAGCUCUUUAGCUGAGAAACUCCUUGAUCGUUUUGACUAUGAUGAUGAACCUGAGGAUAUAACUCCUAAAGACCAGAGUGCCCAGUCACAAUGCAUUCCUGAAAAUGUAUUUAACCAGUUUCCUGGUCAGAUGCCCAACACAGAGAACGUUCAUCCACAUAUGAUGGGACAGACUGGUGGUAUAGAGCAAGGUGGAGGAAUGAGUCAUGGUGAACAUUAUAUGAUGCCAGAUGGAUGUCAUUCCAUAAAUGAGGCAUAUUCACAAUCGCGGGGAAAUUCAAGAGAAGACUCAAAUAUGAGACGGGAGAGUAGACACAGAGGCUAUGGCAGGAGAUCAAGAUCCAGAUCUGGUUCCAGAUCUCCCAGGAGAAGACGGUCAAGAUCUUCAUCCCGCUCAAGAAGGUCAAGGCAUCAACGCUCUCAUUCUCACUCCAGAGAACAGCGCUGGAGAUCUCGCUCUCGUUCUCAAGACAGGAGCGAAAGAGAGAAGGACAGAGAGCGCAGACAGAAAGGUCUUCCCAGUAUAAAAACCCAGACACUCAGCGUUUGCAGCACUACGCUUUGGGUUGGGCAGCUAGACAAGAAAACUCAGCAAUCUGAUGUGAUGUCCCUUUUGGAAGAGUUUGGCCAGAUUGAGUCCAUCAAUAUGAUUCCUCCGAGGGGUUGCGCCUAUAUUGUUAUGGUUCACAGACAAGAUGCCUAUACAGCUUUAAACAAGCUCAGUAGGGGGUCAUACAAAGUCAAUCAGAAGCCAGUUAAGAUUGCUUGGGCUUUGAACAAAGGUAUAAAAUCGGCCCACAAAAAGUUCUGGGAUGUGGAGCGGGGAGUUACCUACAUUCCCUGGAGCAAAGUCAAAUUUGAGGAGUUGGAGAGCUAUCGGGAAGGGGGUAUGCUGGACACAGAGACACUUAAUCCAGAGUGGAAUAAUGCCAUGGACCUCAAUAAGCAGGCAGCUGUAAAUGGAGCAUUGGAAAGUGUACCAGCAGAUGGAACGGUCACUGCUCACAUUCAGGUGCCAGCGGUUCAACUGGCAGCACCCAUUGGGAGUCCACCUGCUUUCCCUGGUCCCAUCAUGCUGUCCCCUACAGCCAUGCCUCAUGGAGGAGCCCCGUUCAUCCCCACUGAGUUUGACCCUACGAACUUGGCACCAGCAGGCAGUGUAAAACCUCUAGAGGACUCCAUCCAGGAUCCUAAAAGAGACAAAGGCACACCUUCAGAUGUAGGAAGUGACAACCAGCUGGGCUCUCCUUCAGCAACGGCGAUGACCAUGUCAGGCCCAGCAGCCAUACAGAGUCCCAGACCGGGUAUGCCGCCUCUGCAGCCUCACCCUGGCAUGGGAAAUCCUCAUCUACCUCCAUUCCUCUCACCUCCCAACAUGCCACACAUGCCCCCGCAAAUGAUGCCCGGCGGACCCAUGUUUCGACCGGAGAGGUUCAGAAUGCCCAUGCCCUUCCCUCCUCGUGGCCCUGCUUUCCAUCGACAUCCUUCCAUGGGACCAGAGGGCAUGGACGACAGGGAAGAGAGGCACUUCCGAAAUGGGAGGCCGGGGUUCGGGUGCCCACCUUUCCACAGAGGGAGGUGGUAGAGGUUGACCUGGACCUGAGGGGAGAGGACGCUAAAACCACUGUGACAGAUACUAAUGAACAUCGGGACGUCUGAUUCAACAAGUACUGAUGUGAACCACUGGGAGUGCCGAAGCUUGUGUUCAGACUUUAUUUUACACCACCAGAACCUUUUCGUAGUUACGAAUAAACAGUGAAAAACGAGAAAGGGUGUUCUGAAUGUGGUCCAUGCUCCGUAGAGUUCAACAGAGAAGAGACUUUGCUGUAAAUACUGUAUGUGCUUGUAGCUGUUUACUAUCUUUUUGUAUAUUUGAAGUUGUGUAGUUUAUGCUUAAGUCUGUAAUCUUGGUAGUUGGUUUAAAAAAACAAAACAAAAAAAAAAACAAAGUCUGUAUUUUUGAGCUUAUUCCCUCACCAGAGUUUUUGUGUAUGGAAGAAGACUGUUUAAAAAAAAAAA